AUGGCGACCAGUACGAUCCGGGCCCAGGAGAUUCUCCUCUGUCACAUCUGUGAUAAGAGCCCCACUAAGCUUCACUGUAAUCCCUGCCAAACAGAUUUAUGUGAAAAUUGUGUGGGAAAACACACCAUGAUGUCAUCAUCUGCCGCUCAUGAAAUCAUCAAUGUUACAGUUGAUGAAAAGAAACGUCUUGUUGAAGAAAACACAUCUUAUCUUCAAGAUGUCAUUCCAAAAUUCAAGGAAGUGGACGAAGAAAUUGAAGGCAAAAUGGUGGCCUUCAACACCAGAUGUGAUGAAUUAGAGGAAUUGGUAUUAAAGCAUGGAAUAGAAUGGCAUUGCGUCAUUAACAAUGUCAUGAUUAAAAAGAAAAAAGAAAUUGCCAGAAUAAGAGAAGACGGAACAAAUGAGCUAAGAAAAUACAAAAUGGAAAUGAGGGAUGUUUUCGUAGAUGUGCAAGACACCAUCCAGCGAAACAAAGAAAUUGUCAAAUCUGUAGAUGUCAUUGAAAUCUGCCGUUAUCAUCUGGUGUCUGAUAAAUACCAGAAUAUUCCACUGCACUUUCAAUUAAAGCUUCCAACUUUUGUUUUCAAAGAAAUUGAAUCAGAUCAACUGAACCGAGCGUUUGGGGUAUUAAAGCGAUUUCAUGUUCAACGAGGAAUGGUUGAUCGGCCUUCUGAUACACCUUUAUCGCGUAUUCAAAUGUUUCUAAGAAAAGCUUUAAAAAUUAGAGAAUUUUCUACCGGAAAAACACCACUGAGGCAAGUGGUUUGUGUUGGUUCAGAAGAGGCGUGGAUAAGCGGAUAUGAUGAAACCAUUUCACGUGUUAACAUACAAGGCUCUGUACUAGAUGAAGUCAUCACCACUUGCAAUGAUUUCCCAAGUGACAUUACAGUGUCAAAAAGACGUCUGAUUUACACCGAUACAGCAAAUAAAGUAGUUAAUAUAGUGGAGGAGGGAGAGUCUAUCACAUUGAUCCGGGCACCACGGGGAUGGGAGCCUCUAGGGGUGUCUUACACAAAAUCAGGUGAUUUACUCGUUAGCAUGAGAACAACUGACCAGACACUCUGCAAAAUUGUUCGCUACAAGGAUAAGAUGAUAACUCAAGAAAUAGAAAAGGACGACAAAGGAAAUCCUUUAUAUAGAGGAGGAUCGAAAAUGCUUUUCGUGGCUGAGGACGAUAACGGAGACAUAUGUGCCUCGGAUUGCAAUGCAAAUGCUUUCAUCGUUGUCAACAGUGCUGGAAAACUUCUUUGCCGAUAUACUGAACGACAAAUGAAAUGCAAUCCUUGUGGUAUUAUCAUGUAUGUUGUUUAUCGGAUUCUUCAAAACUCUUCGGAAAAAAGUUCUUAUUUGAAUGAUCAGUACGGUCGUCGUAGGUUCUGUUCUGAUCUGGGCCAUUCUGGGCCACACAGUGUGGACAGAAGUGGAAGGCUUUGGUUGGGAGAAUCACGCAGUGGAAAUGUGAUAGUCGUCAGCGAUGAAAAACAGCUAGUACCAUACUGCUGGGUGCUUAUCAUACUCAUUGUAGUUUUUCUAAAGUUUACAUAG